AUGAUCUCUCGUCAAACCUUCCGCGCCACUUUAACCCGGCGAUGCUUCGCUGCAACCUCCGGCGUCCGAAGCUACGCCAGCCAGACACCCGGCAAUCCCAUGCUGGAGAUCUUCAAUCGCAGGACGAAGCAUCAGCAGAAGGACAGGGCAGCCCGGAAUGUGGAAGAGAGCCGAAAGACAGAUUACUUGAAAGAUGAAGUUGCCCGACGGUUAUGCGAACGCUUGCUGGAUAUCAAGCGCGACUUUCCCAAUGUGCUCGAUCUGGGCGCGAAUAGCUGCAACAUCGCGCGGGCGUUGACGACACCAAAUCUUGACAUGGCGGCGCCCGAGGACACGCCAACGCCUCCGCUGUCAGAACGCAUUUCCAAACUGACCUGCGUGGAUACAUCGCACGCUCUGCUUCAUCGGGACGAGGAACUUCCAUUCAACAAGGCGAUCAACAUUCAUCGCGACGUCAUUCCGGACCUAGAGACACUCCCCUACGAACCCAAUUCAUUCGAUGCCGUUCUAUCUUCAUUAUCUAUCCAUUGGAUCAAUGACCUACCGGCGCUCCUGGAACAAGUGAACAAGAUUCUAAAGCCAGAUAGCCCAUUCAUUGCCGCGAUGUUCGGCGGAGACACCCUGUUCGAGCUGCGGGGAUCCCUCCAGUUGGCUGAUAUGGAACGUCGUGGAGGUGUCAGCCCGCACAUCUCUCCGCUUGUAGAUGUGCGAGACGUUGGGAAUCUGUUGAACCGCGCGGGUUUCAAGAUGCUGACUGUCGAUGUCGAGGACAUCGUGGUGGAGUUCCCGGACAGCUUUGCUCUGAUGCAAGAUCUGCAGGCUAUGGGGGAGAGCAACGCCAUCCUGCAACGUGAAGCCGGGCCCAUGUCGCGAGAUGUCUUGUUGGCCAACGAGGCCAUCUAUAGAGCCAUGUACAAGGAGGAGGAUGCUCGCGGCAUCCCGGCGACAUUCCGGAUGAUUUACAUGAUCGGGUGGACCGAAGGAGCCAACCAGCCUCAGCCCCUGGCGCGCGGUAGCGGCGAGCUCAACAUGAAAGAUCUGUUGGGUGGCGGCGACUUUACGUCGUCGUGA